UUUCUCGUAAGAUCGAACUUUAAAUUCUGAUCACAGUUUUCGACUCAGAGCUAAAAUGGGGAAGAUGCAGGAGUGUCCAUUCCAACGAGGGAAAUUUGCCCACCAGAAAGUUAUUGAUGAAAAUGGCAGUCUAUUUCCAAUGGUUCUCCUCCCCAAAGAUGACAAUGAGGAAUGUAAUACAUUGCAAUCCUUUAUCAAAAGCAUUCAAGCCAAUAAAGAGUUUAUCAAUGAUCAGCUGAAGAAGGUUGGAGCAUUGCUUUUCAGAGGAUUUCCUCUCAAAACUGCAUCAGAUUUCAAUGAAGUUAUGGAGGCAUUUGGCUGGGAAGAACAGUCAUACUUGGGCGCAGCUUCAAGAACAAGGGUUCUGGGAAGGGUUUUUACUGCAAAUGAAGCUCCUCUCCAUCAACCCAUCAAUUUCCACCAUGAGAUGCCUUUGUUUCAGGACUUCCCAACCAAAUUAGCCUUUUUUUGUGAGGUUGCUUCUUCACAUGGAGGGCAAACAGCCAUUUUGUUGAGCCAUAAAAUUACAGAAAGAAUGGAAGCUAAAUAUCCUGAAUUAGUAUGUAAAAUUGAAAAAGAAGGGUUGAUUUAUAAAUCCAAUUUGCCUGCCGAGGAUGAUCCUGACGAUUUCUUAACAGGUUGGCAAACGCUAUACAAAACUAGGGAUAAGAGAGAAGCUGAAAGAAUGGCCGCAAAUUGUGGGAUAAAGCUAUCUAAGGUGUGUUGGGAAGGGAACAAUAUGAUACUUCGAUCGGAGCCUAUUGUUUCUAUUAGAAAGGUGGAUGAGGGUAAGAGAGCUUGGUUCAAUCUAUUAGCUUUUCGCAAUAUAGAGGAACCCCCCAUAUUGGGAGGUGGAUCUAUGGUUCCUAGAGAGGCCAUUGAAUCAUGCUUCCAAAUUGCUGAAGAGGAGGCUGUUGAAGUCAAAUGGGAAGUUGGUGAUAUUGUUGUGUUAGACAAUCGGUUUGUGAUGCAUGCAAGAAGGCCUUCUAAAUCACCAAGAAGAAUACUUGUUGCAUUUUGCAAGUAACAGUAUAAAAUUUUAAUUCAACAAGACUAUAUUUGUGUUGUUUAUAUUAUUAUAGUUGAAAUCUUCUAUGCUAGAAACUUUGCAUGUUUA